UUUUGGUUCUACUACCAUUCCGUAAUUCUGCUCUUGAUUUAGCAGAAAUAUUCAUACAAUUAUCUGGAGCUGAACAACAAGUACGUGCUGAGACGAAAUUGGAUGAAAUGUAUGAAGAGAAUCGCAAACGAUUUUUCGAUUCUUACGGUAUUUCCCCAGAUGAAGAAAAGAUUAACUUAAGCAAGCCAG